UUGGUCAAAGGUACAUUCACUGCCGUGGAAGUUGAUCGUAUUCAACAGUGUCCAGCGAAGUGACGUGUAGUACUAUGGACACGGCAAACGGAGACUCGUUAAAACUUUAGAAACUAUAAGAAGAGUUGCGACCACAUCUUGGGAUAUGCUACGUCAGCGGCCUUGAUACUGGCUGCCGCACCGUUUCUGGUCCAACUUUGCUGAAAGAAGUUUUUCAUCCAAUAAUUAACAGCACGACGCUCACCGGUUAGCCCAUUAGCUAAGGGGGACAACGUCUGCUGUAACGAUAGCUAUCUAAAGUGUUCGUUAUGUAAGUACAACAUCGUUUUCUCAGCAGCGGCAAAUCAUGCAAAGCGCUACGAAGGACUUAAUUCAACGCCGUUGACGUGCUGUAGUUUACGGAAACCGCCAUAGUUAGCUUGCUAAUAUUAGCACGUCUUAUAAUCAGGUAAAUAUCUAAGCGAACUGUCAAAAUGAGCUCCCUACUCCGCGGUGAGGAGAUGUGUCUGGCCCAACUAUUUCUACAGUCUGGAUCAGCAUACGACUGCAUCAAUGAACUUGGAGAACUGGGGCUUGUGGAGUUCAGAGACCUCAAUCCCAGUGUUAACGCAUUCCAGCGAAAAUAUGUCAAUGAGAUCAAAAAAUGUGAAGAGAUGGAGAGGAUCCUCGGGUACCUUCUACGGGAGGUCAAGAAAGCAGAUAUUCCUCUUCCAGAAGGCGAUGUGAACCCGGUGGCUCCUUUACCCAAGCACGUUAUGUCUAUUAUGGAGCAGCUCCAGAGGCUAGAAGUGGAGUUAGGUGAAGUCACCAGAAAUAAAGAGAAGCUGCAGAGGAAUCUACUGGAGCUGACAGAGUACACACACAUGCUGCGCAUCACCCGCAACUUUGUACAAAGAACUGCCGAGCGAGAGCUCCCACAAGCACAUUAUGAGGAGUUCCCCUUCCUAGAAAAAGACACACUGAUGGACUACAGCAGCAUGCAGAGACUUGGAGCCAAGCUGGGUUUCAUUUCUGGCCUUAUUCAGAGGGCGAAGAUCGAGGCCUUUGAGCGAAUGCUUUGGAGGGUUUGUAAAGGCUACACCAUCCUCAGCUAUGCAGAGGUUGAGGAGUAUCUGGAAAAUCCUGACACAGGUGAGCCUACCAAAAGUGUGGUGUUCUUGAUAUCCUACUGGGGGGACCAAAUCGGCCAGAAAGUGAAGAAGAUCUGUGACUGCUACCACUGUCACUUGUAUCCCUAUCCCAGUAACAACGAGGAGAGGAAUGAUGUUGUGGAAGGACUGAGAACUCGCAUUCAGGACCUGCACACAGUUCUUCACAGGACCGAGGACUACCUGAGGCAGGUCCUGAUUAAGGCGUCAGAAUCCGUCUACACCUGGGUCAUCCAGGUCAAGAAGAUGAAGGCCAUCUACUACAUUCUGAACCUGUGCAGUUUUGAUGUUACUAACAAGUGCCUGAUCGCGGAGGUUUGGUGUCCUGUCGAUGACAUUCCCACCCUGCGGAGAGCUCUGGAAGAGGGAUCGCGAAAAAGCGGAGCAACAGUUCCUUCCUUUGUCAAUCGUAUCCCCACCAGCGACACUCCCCCGACUCUGAUAAGGACCAACAAAUUUACCUCUGGCUUCCAGAAUAUUGUGGAUGCCUAUGGAGUGGGCAGUUAUAGGGAGGUUAACCCAGCUCCUUUCACAAUCAUCACUUUUCCAUUCCUGUUUGCUGUGAUGUUUGGGGACCUGGGCCAUGGAGUUAUCAUGGCUCUGUUCGCCUUCUGGAUGGUGCUGUACGAGAACAACCGCAAACUUAAAAACACAAGGAAUGAGAUCUGGAACACAUUCUUUGAGGGACGGUAUAUCAUCCUGAUGAUGGGCCUGUUCUCCAUCUACACUGGCCUGAUAUACAAUGACUGUUUCUCAAAGUCCCUCAACAUCUUUGGCUCUGGAUGGAGUGUGAGUGGCAUGUUCAAUGCAAAAGUGUGGAAUCUCAGUGAUGUUCGUAGGAACAGUCUUCUUACUCUGGAUCCAAAUGUUACAGGAGUCUUCAGAGGACCGUACCCUCUGGGAAUUGACCCGAUUUGGAACUUGGCAACCAACCGUCUUACAUUUCUGAAUUCGUAUAAGAUGAAGAUGUCAGUGAUAUUGGGCAUCAUACACAUGAGCUUUGGAGUGAUCCUCAGCGCUUUCAAUCACUUGCACUUUAGGAAGAAGCACAACCUGUACUUGGUAUUUCUGCCUGAGCUCCUGUUCCUGCUGUGUCUCUUUGGCUACCUGGUGUUCAUGAUAUUAUACAAGUGGCUAGUCUUCUCUGCUAAGGACUCCAGACACGCCCCUAGCAUCCUCAUCCACUUCAUAAACAUGUUCCUCAUGCAGGGUGAUGCAGUGCAGCCCCUCUACCCAGGACAGACUGGUCUGCAGGUGUUUCUGGUUGUCAUUGCUGUUCUCUCAGUGCCUCUCUUACUCCUGGGGAAACCCGUUUACCUUUAUUGGCGUCACAAUGGAAGCCACCGCCUGGGAAUGUAUAGAGGAUAUGAGCGUGUGCGGCGUAACAGCGAUGAGGAACUCUGCCUAAUGAGGGCUCAUGACAUGGAGGAGGACAGCAGUCACAGUGAUCUCUCCAGUAGCGGAGAGCGCCAGACGGAGGAGUUUGACUUUGCAGAAGAACUCCUGCAUCAGGCCAUCCACACUAUAGAGUUUUGCCUUGGUUGCAUCUCCAACACAGCCUCCUACCUAAGGCUCUGGGCUCUGAGCCUGGCACAUGCCCAGUUAUCAGAGGUGCUGUGGUCGAUGGUGAUGCGAGUAGGCCUGCGAAUGGACACCAGGCUCGGGGUUUUAUUUUUAGUGCCUGUGUUUGGCCUGUUUGCCGUUCUCACUGUGUCCAUCCUCCUGAUAAUGGAGGGCCUAUCUGCGUUCCUACAUGCCCUCCGUCUACACUGGGUGGAGUUUCAGAAUAAAUUCUACAGUGGGAAUGGAGUCAAGUUUUCUCCCUUUUCCUUUUCUCUACUGCCCUCCAAAUUUGAACAUGAUGGUGUACUGUGAAGGGACUAUCUGGUAAUACUGUUAGGUGGAAAACACAGACGAAACAAGGCAGCAGGGUUCUGUGCUCAUGAAGACAUUUUCCAGAGAUAUCAUGAGGUGAUUUUUUUUUUUUUUUUGUCCCAUCUUUUAACAAUUUGUGUGACUCAUGAAGGAAUUGUACAGUGAACUUCACACACUUUGGACUGAGAGAUGCCUUCUUCCCAGCAGUUUCAACAACCCAAACAGCUGAAUACUGUUGAGAAGUAUACAUAUGUAUCAAAGGGUGUUUUGUACCAGGAUCGUUAUGCUACACUGUAGACCAUUUUGUGGGCAAUUCAUUGGCAGUAGUUGUUGAUGGAGAACCGUAUCCACCAAAAUCAGAGUGAAUUAGAAGGCCUGUGGCAGAGUACAUACCUCCGCCAAGUCCGAUAGUCCACUCAUAUGUGAUCUCAUCUGGGGUAAAUCUGCAAGCACAACCACUAGAUGUUUGUUUGCAUUUCCAAAUUUCAUGUCAGAUUAUGGUUGUGUGAUGCUGAAGCAUCAGCAUCACCUCUCAUCAUCAUUUAUGACCAAGUACAAGUGUGUGGUCUCAUCAACGGAGACCUUGCACGUGUCUAUAUUUUCUUAUUAUCAUUUUGCUGUGUUGGGGACAUUGCUGGGCACCAGCCUUUGGGUAAUGGGCUUGUAGCCCCCAGUCAGUAACAGUGUGUAUUGUCGCCACUUCUUGCAGAGGUGUAUGGAGGUGUGUUAAUUUAUGCUUUAGAGCACAAAAAACAUGAAACAAUCAGAAAAUAACUCCUUCAUUUGCUGCUUUGUUCUCACUGACGCCACUCCCUCUCUUUCAUUCACUGUCUGACUUGCUCAACCACCACCAGUCUCUCAAAGCUGGCAGCCAAUUUGUAAACGAAUUCUAUACUCAGUCUGUGAAAGUGGAAAACAUGUGUACCCGCCCCGUGGUUUGGAUUCGCCUCAGGUUUUUCUUGGCCGAUGCUACACCCUUCCACCUGCUGACGACUAAUCAAGAAACCAUACCGAAAACAUGACCUCCUUGGUGGAGGUAAUAAAUAAAAAAGGUGUACGAUUUUAGUAUAAGAGCACACUGACAACGCUUACUAGGAUAAACUUGCUGCUGAUUUUUGUCUUCUCAAGCGAUUUGGUGAUUAAAUAAGGUGAAAGAUAAAACAACAUCCAUACGUUUUUCUUUUAAGAAUAAUAUUUCAGAAAAAAUAUCCUUAUUUAUUCUUUUCUGUUUUCCUUAAUUUCUUCUCUUCUUUAUCUGGUUAUUUUUGUCAGGAAUUUUGGCCUAAUUCUGUAUAUUCAUGCAGUUGUUUUGACUUUUGUCUCCCUCUUUCAGUUUUGACAGAUCUGGUUUGGUUGUGAGCCAUCUUUGGCUACAUAGUUCUUGCUCAAGUUUUUGUUGCACUGACUGCCUUAAAGAAGUACAACCAAACAACAGUAUACUGUAUGAUUCCCAAGUUUCCUUUGUAUAAACACUGCAAAGAAUCUUUUUCAGUAUUGAAAAGUGCUUUGGCAGGUGUGUGAUGAGAUGUAUAUACUUUUACAGAUUUAUUUUUUAAUUUAUUAUAUUUUAGAAUGUUACAUCGGAAUUAAAAAUGAAUGUUAAUGGGAAAUGAUUUUUCCUUU